CCUUCGUUCUCCGGGCUCCCCGGAGCCCGGGAGCCGCGGGCCAGGCCUCGCCGCCCGCCAGGCUCCGGCCCGGGCGCGGCCCACCCUCCCUGCGCCGCCGGAGCCAUGGGCAGCGAGCAGAGCACCGAGGCCGAGGGCCGCCCCAGCGACCCCAGCUCAGCAACCCCUCCUGCCAAGCACCGAGCCAAGAUGGGUGACAUCGUGGUGGUGGCUCAGGGCUCGCAGGCCUCGCGGAACGUCAGCAAUGACCCGGACGUUAUCAAGCUGCAAGAGAUCCCAGCUUUCCAGCCCCUUCUGAAAGGGCUCCUGAGCGGCCAGACCUCACCGAGCAACGCCCGUCUGGAGAAGCUGGACGCACAGCAGGUGCUGCAGCUGUGCCUGCGGUACCAGGACCACCUGCACCAGUGCGCAGAGGCCGUGGCCUUCGACCAGAACGCCCUGGUCAAGCGGAUCAAGGAGAUGGACUUGUCGGUGGGCGCCCUGUUUGGCUCCAUGCAGGAGCGGCAGAAGCGCUUCGCCAGGUACGCCGAGCAGAUUCAGAAGGUGCAGGAGAUGUCGGCCAUCCUGCGGCGCGUGCAGCUGGGCAUCGACCAGACCCUGCCGCUCAUGGAGCGGCUCAACAGCCUACUGCCCGAGAGCGAGCGGCUGGAGCCCUUCAGCAUGAAGCCCGAGCGCCUCUAGAGCAGCCCCCCGGCCUCUCCCCUUCCUCUGCCUGGCCAGGGGCACUGGGGCACAGGUGGGGGGAGAGCAGCUGGGUCUUGGCCACCAAGGCAGCCUCCCCUCCCCUGCCCUCGUGGACGGCGCCAUGCCAAGUGGGGCCCCUUAGCGUGGCCGGGGUUGGGACGUUGGGAUUGUUAGGAAUUCCUCAAAGAACCCCACAGUGUUGUUUUCAUUUCACGUUUAAAGCAAACCAAACGUGCACCGUGUAGGGACAAAAAUGGACAUGUGGAAGGAGGGGGUGGGAGAAAACUGAGGGGCGCCCCGGGCUCCAACUUGGGCUGGGAGUGGACAGUCCCCCCUCACGGAGCCUGUGCACUCCUUGCGCUUUGCCCCCCGCUUUGAGCCUGUCCGUGAAUGCCGUGGCCGUGGGGCGCCUUGCUCCUCGCGUGGAGUCUCCUGUGAACCCUGUGGUCCUGGGGUGCCUUGCCCCUCAUGUAAAGCCUGUCCCAUGAAUACCGCGGCCGUGGGGCGCCUCUCUCUCUGUGAGGCUGGAAUGGGGACCUGCGCAGCCGGCGAUGGAAACAAAACCUGGGCCCAGGGCACCACCCGGGCAGCACACCAGGCUUCGAAGCGGCCUCCAGAUGCUCCUCAGAUGGGACCCAGCCACACCUCACUCAGCCCAGCCGCCAUGCCUCGUCCAGCCUAGCUACGCUGUCUCCACCUCCCAUGUGGGGUGUUUGUAGAAAGUCUUUUAUUCUAAAACAAGUCAAUAAAAGGAGCGAUCUCA